GAAAGACAUGGGCCUCGCUGGUGGAAACACUGUUUUAACUUUUAACACUGGAUACUAAUACACUAAAUUUAUUAGUUGCUUUUGUAACCACGUACACAUGACAACGGAGCAGACACCUUAGGUAACUUUAACCGCCUUGGGUGAAUUUGUAUGUUAGAUAACCACUAGGAGUUCUGCUAUAAUGGAGUCAUUCAUCCUGCUCACCAACCAAAGCCAAGGAAGGGAUCGUAUUUUCAGAGCAACCCAAUAUGCAUGCACUUUGGCCAAGUACAUGCUACGAAAAGAUCCGACAAAGACACAAAUGUUGGUGAAGUUGCAGAGUUUGGAGUCGACCAUGAGCUCAGGACGGAAGCUUUUUAGGCUUGGAAAUACUGUGAAUUCAAUCGAUGCAGCCAAGGGAACCCUUUACCUCACUGACCCUGUGUUGCGUCUUUGUCUCACCCUGGCUAAUCUCAGCCGUGCCCUCUAUUUCAUUUGUGAUAAUGUUCUCUGGGCCAGAAAUGUCGGCCUUAUCCAUGACAUCGGUAAGGACCGUUGGAGCAUGAAUGCAAUGCGAUAUUACUUUUUUUCAUUGGUGAUGAAUCUUGCCAGAGAUGCUUAUGUGAUUGCCCAGCUCAUGGUGAAGAAGUCUCAGGAAAAGCAAUAUCAGCAGAAAGCCAACCAGCACCUCAGUGACAGUCCAGAUGUGGCUAGUGUCAUUAUUCCUCCGCUUGAUGCAUUUCUAUUGCUACUCAUUGAGAGUCUCAGAAGUCACCCUGCUUUGGCUCUUGACACAAUCAAAAACUUGUGUGAUAUUUUUCUUCCUCUAGACAAGCUGGGAAUUUAUCAAACAAAUGCAGGGCUUGUGGGAAUCUGUGGGCUUGUCUCCUCUUUUGUAGGAAUCCUGUCAGUCCUGAAGCCCAAUCUGAAAAUAAAGCCAUAAUGUGAGGAGAGGAAGGAAAAAGCUUGGUCUCAAUCAGGAUGUUUUCUUAAAGAUAGAUUAUAUAGAAAUUGCUUGUCAACCCAUUCAAUUAAAACAAAUUACGUAGGCAUAUCAUGAUGAAUGUCCUACAUGAUUAAUGACCUUAAGCUUGAUCGGUACACACAGUUAAAUAGCUACAGGGCCUGUGUUAUAUGAAUGAAAAAGAUCAGAGGCUUGCCAACUUUAUAUAGACUUUAUAACUAACACUAAGAAAAAAAAAAAUAAUGCUUUAUUUAUUUAUUUAUUGACAAUCAUUAAAUCUAGUUCUAGGCUAUUUGAAAUAGAAGUCUUCAAUAUAAUUAAGUUCCAGAUGUAUUCAGACUGACCUUAAAUUGUCAAAUUUAUGUGCAUUUAGAUUAAAGCACAUAAAGCACAUAGUGUCUAUAAAUCCUGCCAUCUUGAUUUUUAUUGUGGAACAAUGAAUGUUUACUGUGAUGCUAAUUAGCUAGUCAGCUAUGAGGGAAGGGAGCACAUUGUGCCUUAUUGUCUCUGUGCAGUUAUUCAGUUCACGAGAAAGAACAAAUUGCCUUAUAUUUGAAGUACUCUGAUGCCCAGAUGGUGUCUUUCAGGUUAUCACUUAGAAAUUGAAAUUAGAAUCACGGGGCCAGGGUGCUCUGGUCCCCUAAAUACUGCUCUACAGGGUUUAGCUCCUGUACAUCAGAGGCUUGUACUGAGAUGCCCAUCAAGGCUUUGAUUAACUGGAGAAGGUAGGAUGGAUUAGGGUUGGAGGUAAACUCUGCAGGACUGGAGUUGGACAUGCCUCGUAUCUGGAAAAUAAAUAUUUUAAAAUGGAAAAAUACACUUAAUGCUGCACAGCUUAUACUAAGAGAGACAAAGUAACAAUUUUGGUAGGCAACUGCAGUCAGUGUCUAUGCAUGUUGUGUUUAUUUUCAAAUAGAGACAGCUUCACCUAUCAUUUUUUAAGUAUACUUUAGUAGACUUGACAUGUUGCAGGAUGACUAAAGCUGAAUGAAAGCUAUAUUCUUGAUAGCGGUUAUAUUCUAUGCACUGCCUUUCAAAGCCUACCUUAGAAGAAAAAUGUACCUUUCAUCAUUGCACCUGUGUUGUUAAUCUGUUCAAGAGAACAAGAUAUUUAAUAUAAUCAUGGAACAGUUAGUCACUGUCAGCAUUCUCAUUAUAUCCAGAUGCACACUUUGCAUACUCAUUUAAUUACUGUGCUUAGAAUUUGCCGUCCUUUAGCUGAGGCACAUUGGUAAAUACCAUCCUUUUCCCCAAGAUGUUUACAGCAAAACCAUUCAAUUCAGAUAGUAAGGUUUUUUUUACGUGAAAAUCUGCUGUUAACAUUACUUAAUUAGAAAGGCUGCUUAAUUUCAUGUCUAUGCAGAUUGUCCUAAACAAAAUGCAGUUUUAAUAAAGACUGUUGUAUGCAGCAUUUGUACAUUUCAUUAUUUCAAAGAUACGAAGAGUACAGUGAGUGACAUGGCUAUUCUAUGAUAU